UGUUAUCUUUUUAUAUUUUGAAAGAUGAACCGCUGUUGGAGGUGACAAUGGUCUGGGCACUUUGAAGCUCACCUGGGAAUGUUCCUGCGUUAAAACCUGAAGGAAAAAUAAAGGUGUUUUCCAAGAAAACAACUUUCCUGUACAGCAAAGUAGGGCUAUAAUAAUAGCAACACUAAUUCUACUACAGUACGUACUAGUUACAACUGACCUGUUUCGAACUUCCUUUCUGCAUGGUGCUACAGAGGUCAGAAAAAGUCGCAGGAGAUGACUGACACGAGAAAGGUUGAAUGCUCGGCGUGACGCUGAAAUGGCCCGCUUUCAUGUACUACUAUCAGAGCAGGUUCACGCUGUCCUUCUUGUGGUUUUCGUGUGGGGCGCGAUCUUGCGAGGAAUAACGGCGAAUGAAGGUUGUUUGUGCACUGGAAAAUCAAAAUGUUACUGUGAUGGAAUGAAAGGUGACAAGGGUGCACAAGGUGUUCCAGGUCCACCAGGGCUCCCUGGAUUGAAAGGAUUUCGGGGUCAUGAAGGUCCCCAUGGCCCUCCAGGUCCAAAGGGAGAUAAAGGAUUUCUAGGGCCACCAGGAAUGAAAGGCUCAAUGGGCUUCCCUGGAGAACACGGUUUUACAGGUCCCCCUGGCCUUCCUGGCCUCCCAGGCAUUGAGGGUGCAAUGGGUCCUCCCGGGUGGCCAGGAUGCAACGGACCUAAGGGCGAUAGAGGAUACGCUGGACUGCCAGGCACGACAGGAAGCAAAGGCCAACGUGGUUCCCCUGGUAUGCAGGGUAUGAAAGGAGAUUCAGUACAAUGUCAAUAUCCCUGCCAAUGUCAGCCGGGUCAGCCAGGACCACCAGGGCCCAAAGGAGGUGAUGGGUGUCCAGGGCCACCAGGACUUCUGGGGUUUCCUGGUCCACCCGGGCCAGCAGGCUUUCUGGGAUUAUGUGGAGCUCCAGGUUUGGAAGGUCCAAAGGGAGUUCAAGGAGUGAAUACACAAGGGACUAAAGGACAGAAGGGUCUUCGUGGUCUGCCUGGACUUCCUGGAGAAACAGGAAUAUUGUUACCUGCAGAAAGACCUAAAAACCUAAAGGGGGAGCCGGGUGACAGAGGCGAUCCUGGAUGUCAAGGUUCCCCUGGAGAUCGUGGGUGUGUGGGUCCCAGGGGUGAGAAGGGAGACCGAGGAAAUCCUGGAUCUGAGGGGAAGCUUGGAAAAGAGGGAGACAUUGGUAUCCCAGGCCAAAUGGGGUUAAAAGGUGAUCUGGGUUUUGAAGGACCUCCUGGGGAUCCUGGCCAAAAAGGUGAAAAAGGUGAUUAUGGCCCUCCUGGUCUGCCUGGUAAAUUCAUCCAAAAUGGCUUCCCUGAGCAAGGUGACCGUGGUGAUCCAGGCCGUCCCGGUCUGAAAGGGGAUCCUGGCUCUAGAGGACAUGUAGGGUUUCCUGGGCCCCCGGGACCACAAGGGCCCUCAGAACCAGGUCUACAAGGGCCACCUGGACCCCAUGGCUUGAAAGGUGCCAAAGGAGACAAGGGUGAUGCAGGGUCCCCGGUCUUGGGUCCUCCUGGUCCUGAUGGGCCCCAAGGACCUGAAGGCCCUCCAGGUGACCCAGGACCUCCACCGUAUCAUCACAAGUGUCUAGUCAGUGCUAGGCAGGGUUCAGAUGGACUUCAGGUGCCACGAGGUCAGACAGGACAUCCAGGAAAUCCCGGAAUCGUUGGAGAUCCUGGAGCAGAAGGGGAACCUGGUCUCCCAGGUGAAAAGGGAAACACAUGCAUGUUUUGUGAUAUCUCACCCAGCCCAGGUAUUCCAGGUCUAAGGGGACUUCCUGGACCUCAAGGAAAACAAGGCAAGCCAGGGCCUAAAGGCUCAAAGGGUUUACCAGGAACAGCAGGUCCUCAAGGACCCCAGGGUCCUGUAGGACCAACAGGAGAAAAGGGACUGCAAGGACCUAAGGGAGACCAGGGCCACUCUGAAGAGACCUGCGAAAGAGGGGAUACGGGAGACUGUGGGAUUCCUGGUGACCCUGGAGAGGAAGGAAUCCAGGGAAGAUCCGGAUACCCUGGACUCCCUGGUGACCCGGGUCCGAUAGGAGAUCCGGGGCCUUAUGGCCCGAAAGGAGAACAUGGUCCCCCUGGAAUCAGUGGGCUCCGGGGUUCCCCUGGACGGCCAGGGGAGAGUGGCGAAAUGGCCAUUGGACUACCAGGAGCAGUGGGACCCAAAGGCAACCUUGGAGAGCCCGGUCCGAUAGGGAGUCCUGGAGAUCCAGGAGAGAAAGGGGAUCCAGCAGGUGCUGGAUUGAACCCGGGGGAACCUGGGGAAAGGGGUGUUCGUGGAGAAAGCGGGUUCCCAGGUCCGCGUGGAGAUCCUGGAUCAAUGGGUCUUAAAGGUGAACCUGGUAAAUCUGGCCCUAAAGGCAAAAAAGGUGAAGCAUCAGUGGGACCUUCUGGCCUUCAGGGUAUUAAAGGAUUGAAAGGACAGCAUGGACGCAAAGGCUCUCCAACAACAGGUCCUCCAGGAAGACAAGGAACUCCAGGAAUCCCCGGCACACCAGGGCCAAAGGGUGAUCCCGCCUAUGGUCCUCCAGGGCGAGAAGGCAGACCAGGACAUCCAGGGGACAGUGGGCCUCCAGGUCCUGCGGGUGAUGCUGGACUGCCUGGAGAACCUGGAUCGCGUGGAUACCCAGGGCAGGCCGGCUCUCUAGGAGAGAAAGGGAACAAAGGUUGUGGAGGAAGACCUGGUGAAGAGGGGCCCAUGGGGGUAUGUCGUGCUGGAUCUCCAGGCAAUCCAGGCUCUCCUGGGCCAGAUGGGGCCCCUGGCUUCCCAGGUGCUCAAGGACAGACAGGAAUUACAGGGGAGAAAGGCAGGCCAGGAGUCGGGCUCCUGGGAUUGCCUGGACUCAAUGGACUUCCAGGGCCCAGAGGGCUUCCAGGUUGCCCAGGACUGCCUGGGCACAGAGGGUUUAAAGGUCUGGAUGGUUUACCAGGGAUGAGAGGUCCAGAGGGAGAACCCGGAGCCCAGGGCCCCAUGGGGCAAGUAGGCCCAAAUGGAACUUGUGGUCUUGCAGGCAAACCGGGCUGCAUUGGUGACCAGGGGCAGGAUGGACCAAAAGGAUGCCAAGGUGAACAAGGGGAUGCGGGUGAUCAAGGUGACCCCGGGCCCCCAGGACCUCCAGUAGUGUUUGAUAGUGCUGGCCCAAAAGGAGACAUGGGUACACCGGGAUCUUGUGGUCUAACUGGAGAAAAGGGUAAUCCAGGAUUACCUGGGACAAGGGGACCCUGCGGAAAAAAUGGAGUACCUGGAUCCAGAGGCAGACAAGGUCCUCCUGGAGAUCAAGGUUCACAUGGAAUUCCAGGAAUGCCUGGAAUGCCAGGAUCACCAGGAAUUCCUGGACCUCCAGGGUUACCAGGAUGUAAAGGAGAGAAGGGACAAAAGGGAAAUCCCGGUAUUAUGGGACAAACAGGGGAUCCUGGUUUGCAAGGGUCAAAAGGAGAGAAAGGAGAUCCCAGUUUCCCAAGUUUUGGCUCUCCAGGCCCCUGUGGACCAAAGGGAAGUGAUGGUCUCCCAGGCAUAAAGGGAGAGAAGGGGGAGAAAGGGCAGCCUGGAUGCCAGGGAACCGUUGGACGUGACGGUUUGCCAGGACCAAAAGGAACCUGUGGUUUACCAGGACAUCAAGGACCUCAAGGCCUGCCUGGGGAACCAGGACCAGAUGGAUGUCCUGGUCCUCCAGGUCCUGCAGGGAUAGAAGGCCCUACAGGUGAACAAGGACCACCGGGGAAGCCAGGCCCACCAGGAUGCAAGGGUAGCCAAGGGAUUGAUGGAAUUCCUGGCCGACCAGGAAAAAAAGGGGAAGCAGGUGUUGCAGAAGCCCAGCCAGGCCUCCGAGGUUCAAAAGGCCAAAAAGGUGUGAAAGGGGAAGUGGGUCCUCCUGGUUGUGCUGGAUCAUCAGGUCCAUUUGGAAGUAUAGGAGAAAGAGGGCUGCCUGGGCCCCCUGGGAAUCCUGGGAUGCCUGGGUUCCAUGGUUCUCCUGGGCUGUGCAUUGAUGGGACAAAAGGAGAGAAGGGGCCUGAGGGGCCUCCAGGACCAGACGGAUUUCAAGGACUUCCGGGGCCUUCAGGGCCAAUGACACAUGGCCCUAAAGGAGACAAGGGGGACCCUGGCUACCCUGGACCUCCUGGCUGUAGAGGAAUGGAGGGAGAUCAGGGAGUUCUGGGCCUGCCAGGUGGUCAAGGCAGCCCAGGAAAGCCAGGUCCAAGAGGAAAUCCUGGCCUUCCAGGGACACCGGGCAGAGAUGGUGAGCAAGGUGUCUGUCUUGUGCCCGGUCCAAAGGGAUGCAAAGGAAUGAAAGGGCCGCCCGGACUGCCCGGCGACCCCGGUCUCCCUGGAGAACUUGUUCUGUUGCCGGGUGACCAAGGAGAUAGAGGCCCACCCGGAAAUCUCGGGAAGCAAGGUCCACAGGGGAAACCAGGGCUCACGGGCCUCCAAGGACUCAAAGGGGAUGAAGGAUUGCCAGGCCGUAUGGGCCGUAUGGGGAACCCUGGGCCUGCUGGUGACAAAGGAGAUCAAGGUUUUCCCGGAUUUAGAGGGUCAAGAGGUGAUCCAGGUCCUCCAGGUCGUAAAGGGGCUUCAGGACUCAAAGGUGCCAUAGUCUGUAAGGAAGAUAGUCAGAGUUUUAUAUUCACUCGUCACAGCCAGAGCAAACUCAUUCCUCCCUGCCCUGAGCGAAGUGAGAGGCUCUACGAGGGCUACUCGCUCCUUUUUGUGAAUGGAAACAGCAGAGCACAUGGACAGGAUCUAGGUACUCUUGGAAGCUGCCUGCAGCGGUUCUCGACAAUGCCCUUUUUAUUUUGCAGCACCAAUAACACAUGUAAUUAUGCCUCAAGGAAUGACUAUUCCUACUGGCUUUCCACUGAUGAGCAAAUGUCAAAAGACAAUGCUCCAAUCAUGGCUGAAGGAGCUGAAAAAUUCAUCAGCAGGUGCACAGUAUGUGAAACUCAAGCAAAUCUAAUAGCAGUUCACAGUCAAACAUUUGAAAUCCCAAAGUGCCCAAAUGGCUGGGAAUCAGUGUGGAUGGGAUACUCAUUUGUGAUGCACACAGGGGCAGGGGCUGAAGGCUCGGGACAGGCACUGUCUUCUCCCGGCUCCUGUCUGGAGGAGUUCCGGACUGUCCCCUUCAUUGAGUGCCAUGGCAGAGGAACCUGCAACUACUACACCGACUCCUACAGCUACUGGCUGGCAACUCUGAAUCGCUAUGAAAUGUUCAGGAAGCCAAAGCCUUCAACAUUGAAAGCAGAUCGCUUUAAAAGUAUCAUCAGUCGUUGCCAAGUCUGCAUGAAGAAGAGCUGUUGUUAAAAGUUCUAUUCACAGUGAUGGUGUGAAAUUCUAUUGGUACUUAUGCCAAAAGGAUACACUGAGGAAUAAAAUGGGUAUGGAUAAGCUCACUUAAGACUCAGGAUUCUCCAAGUUGCUCGACAUGCUUCAAGCAUUUCUAUAUUUCAUAUUUGUCUGCAACAAUAUGUACUGUAUAUACAUGGGCAACCAGGUUAUUGUAUCAAAUAUAAUACACAAGGUGGUGCUACUGUUUGAUGUCCUGGAGGUUUGCAUUUGUGUAUAUUUAAUUAAGCAGGAAGUAUUUAUGUGAAGAAAAGUACUUUCAUUGCUGAAAUAACAUUAGUCAUCCUUCUUGUCAACCUGCUGUACUAAAUAAGAACAUCAAAAAAGGUUCCUCCAACAUGAAAUCUUCAUUUUAUGUAUAUCAUUUGAAAAUGUAGUUUAUUAUAUUUCAGAUGUACAAGCAUACUGUGUUUUUGCACUUGAUAUAAAUAAUGUAACUACUGACUGGUUACUACUGAAUUGGUUCUGCAAUGUUAAUUUAUUACUGCAGUAUAUCAUUGGUACUCAGAACUAAUGUGAGACAGUAUUAGUGUACAAUUUCUUUCGCCAUCAAGGCAACUGAGUUUUAAUCAGCGAAACUUAAUCCCAAAGGCCUUUUCACUGCUGAUAAACAGUUUGAAAUCUACAUGUCCUGCACAAAAUAUUUUAUGUACAAAUUUCAUGUAUGAAAAUAUUAUGAAUGUAUUCCUGUAUAUUAA